AUGUCAGCAAACACAAAUAGUUUGGUAUACUUUGACCUUUCAUACGAUGGGAAACCAAAAGGCCGUGUCGUUUUCAAAUUAUACGACGAUAUUGUGCCCAAGACCACUGAAAAUUUUAGACAACUAUGCACUGGUGAAAAAGGUGUUUCUCCCACUUCCGGAAAGCCAUUGACAUAUAAAGACUCCAUAUUCCACAGAGUGAUUAAAGACUUUAUGUGUCAAGGUGGUGAUUUCACUCACGGGACAGGAAUUGGUGGUGAGUCCAUUUAUGGGGAGAAAUUUGAAGACGAAAACUUUGAAAAGUUACAUGACAGACCAUUCCUUUUGUCGAUGGCUAAUGCAGGUCCAAAUACCAAUGGGUCUCAAUUUUUCAUAACCACAGUACCCACCCCACAUUUGAAUGGUAAGCAUGUCGUGUUUGGUGAAGUUAUUCAAGGUAAAUCGAUUGUGCGCCAAAUGGAGCGUUGUGAGAAAGAUUCUGGUGAUAAGCCUUUGAAGGAAUGGAAAAUUACCGAUUGCGGUCAAUUGCCAAAAGACUAUCAAUUAACAGGUUCUGGAUCAGAUGAUGGUACCGGAGAUGUUUACGAAGAAGUUCUCCAAGACAAUGACAAUAUUGAUGUGAAAAAUCCACAAUCGGUGUUUGAUGCCAUUAGCAAAUUGAAAGAUAUUGGUACUAAGCUUCUCAAGGAAGGAAAAUUGGAGAAAUCUUUAGAGAAAUAUUCCAAGGCAUCUGGUUACAUCGAUGACUAUUUCCCCGAUGACUUGAGCGAAGCAGACUUGUUGCAAAGAAACAAGUUGAAAAUUUCAUGUAAUUUAAAUGCGGCAUUGGUGGCAUUAAAGUUGAAGCAAGGUAAAACUGCCAUUAGAACCGCAAACGCUGCACUUGAGACAGAUGAUCUUGAUGAUAAAUCAAAGGUUAAAGGUUUGUACAGGAAAGCAUCAGGAUACCUCUUGGCUAAGGACGAAGAGCUGGCGCAAAAGUAUUUUGAAGAAGCUUUGUCUUUGGAGCCGAAUGACGCAGCAAUUAAAAAGGGGUUGCAAGAUGUAAAGACUCGUUUAAAGGAAAGAAAGGAAAAGCAAAAAAAAUCUAUGGCCAAAUUUUUUAGUUAA